AUUAUUUAGCACAUAGUUGAAGAACUGAAAAACAGGGGAUUUCAUCAGAUCUACCAAACUCAUCAACUGAUCACCAAAGACGAACUCCUUUUAGUCCAAAUCGUCAACUCCUCUUCUCUCAACAACCUCAUCGAUUUUCAUCUUCACUCAAAGUAUCUCCUUCCCCAGAUCUUUCUCUCUAUUUCUCAAUCCUUUUCAUUCCAUCUUCAUCAAUUCUUCCUUCAUUCAAUCCCCCCCCCCCCCCCCCCCCCCCACAUUCUCCAUUAUUGUCAGCCAUUUUUAACCUUCCAAAAUGAGUAAAGUUUCCAUUAUCAUUUACAUUACAGUUGCCAUUCUUCUUCUCCUUCUCCUUUCCCACUCCCCUAAGAAAACCCCUAAUCAACGCCAUCGCCGUCUCAAGCUUCGCUCCAACUUCACUUUUACCCCUUCUCACCACCAUCACGAGCCUGUCCCCUUUGACCCUCUUGUCGCCGACAUUGAGCGCCGCCGUGAAGACCGGCAAUGGGAGAAGCAAUAUGUAGAACAACACUAUCCGAAGAUGGCGGCGCAUUUGACGGAAUCGGCCCCUGGUGAAGAAUCUCAACCCGAGUGGGAGGAUUUUGCGGAUGCUGAGGAUUAUAUUAAUGAUGAUAAUAGGUUCAAUGUGACCGACCGGCUCAUGUUGCUGUUUCCGAAGAUUGAUGUUGACCCAGUUGAUGGAUUUGUCACUGUUGAAGAAUUGACUGAGUGGAAUUUGCAGCAGGCUCAGAGGGAAACUUUGCAUAGGACUCAAAGGGAGUUGGAGACCCAUGAUAAGAAUCAUGAUGGUUCUGUUUCGUUUUCCGAGUAUGAGCCUCCUAGUUGGGUUCGCAAUUCAGAUAAUAGUUCCUUUGGCUACGAUAUGGGUUGGUGGAAAUUGGAGCAUUUUAAUGCGUCAGAUGUGGAUGGAGAUGGCCUUUUGAAUUUGACCGAGUUCAAUGACUUUCUGCACCCAGCUGACAGCAAAAACCCAAAGCUAAUUCAUUGGCUGUGUGAGGAAGAAAUACGGGAGAGAGAUUCAGACAAGGAUGGAAAGAUAAACUUCAACGAGUUUUUCCAUGGACUAUUUGACAUGGUGAGAAAUUAUGACGAGAAUCACAAUUCUUCACAUCAUUCUGAAGAUUCCAGGGAUGGCCCAGCUAGAAACUUGUUUGCGGUGCUAGACAAAGAUAAUGACGGCCACCUGUCUAAUGAAGAGCUGUUACCUAUAAUUGGAAAAAUUCACCCAUCAGAGCAUUACUAUGCAAAACAACAGGCAGAAUAUAUCAUACAGCAGGCUGAUGCAGAUAAAGAUGGACGUCUCACCUUGACAGAAAUGAUUGAUCAUCCUUACGUAUUUUACAGUGCCAUUUUCAACGAAGAUGAUGAGGACGAUUACGAUUUCCACGAUGAGUUUCGUUAAGUUUUUUCAUGAAUAGUCAAAUAGUCAGAUAGGGUUAGCGGUAGAAGAAAAACGGAGUUCUUUUGCAACAUGGAAUCAGGAUGCAGAGUUUGAAGUCUUAGGCAACAACUUGGAGGAGAUCUCUCUGGCAUGGUGGUCAGAACUGGGUUAAUCUUCUUCAGCCAUGGCUUGCCCAUAUGGUGGUAUCCCUCUUUUUGUAGCAUAUGAAACCCUCAUCUUGUUUAAAGAUAACAAUGAUUUCUCACCUUAGAUUAUAGACAUUUAUUUGAUUGCAAAUAGUUUCGUUAAGUUCA